AUGUCAGGUAAAAUAUUUCUUCUAACAAUAAUAAUUUUGAUAACAACAACCAUAACAACAACAACAACAACAACAACAGCAGCAACAACAAUUGGAAUACAGUCAGAGUGCGAACCUAAUGAUCAAUGGGAAUGGACACAAUUGUUCAAUGUUCAUCGUCCAACUCAACAAGGUGAAUAUGAAAUGUACACGGCCAUACGCAGUCUUUAUCCACAAUUAGUAUGUGCAAAUCCGAAGGCGAUAUCAGCAGUGAAUCAAAUGGGAAUGGAUAUGAAUAGUACACUUGAUGUUGUCGUUAUUCGAAAAUACGAUGUAUUUUGUUUGAAUAACUAUGAUGCUAAAUAUCAACGAAAAUUAUGUGAUGAUUAUAGUGUCAAAUAUUGUUGUCCGAAAAAGAAAAUAGAAGAAAAAAGUUCAUAUCUUAUUGAUAUAUUACCGCAACAAACAAAUUCUAUCCGUUCAUUAUCAUCAUCAAAUGCCAAUAAACAAUUCACAUGUGGAAGAGCAUCGGUUACACAUCAAACAUCGACCAAUUUCUUUAUGACAUUAUAUAAUUCCUUUGUAUCUAAAAUUAUAAACGGUGUUGAAUCGAAACCCAACAGUUGGCCAUGGUUAGUUUCAAUCGGUAUUCGUUAUCGAGCAACUAAUGGUCAAUGGUCGAAUCGAACGCAUAUUUGUGGUGGAACACUUAUUGAACAAUCACACGUACUCACGGCUGCACAUUGUUUAGAACAAAAAAUAGAUGAUCGAUUUGUCCCUCUUACAACAACAAAUCCAUCAUUGGAAAGUUUUUUCAUUAUUCGAAUUGGAGUUCAUGAUAUUCGUUUAACACGUUCAGAUGAAAUUUAUAGUGCGAAAAAAAUAUGGGUACACGAAAAUUUUGUAUCAAAUACAUUUGAAAAUGAUGUUGGAGUUAUAAGAUUGAAUCGACCAGUUCCACUCGGUGGUCGUAUAUCUCCUAUUUGCUUACCAACUAGUGUAACACCAAAAAAUUUAGAAGCGGGAAGUCGAGUUAGCGUUGCUGGAUGGGGAACUGUAACUGAAACAGCACGUGUACAUUCAAAUGUAUUACGACAAGCUGAAGUAAAUGUAUUGGCAUCACGAUCAUGUCUGGCAUACGCAGAUUUCAAUUUUGAUGGGCAAAGACAACUGUGUGCAGCAGCUUUAGAUUGGUCAAAAGAUACUUGCGCUGGCGAUUCCGGAGGUCCGCUAAUGUUUCAAGAAAAUAACACAUGGAAUAUCGGUGGUAUUACAAGCUACGGUUACGGUUGUGCAAAACGAAACUAUCCCGGCCAAGUUGAUGUGAAACGUGAAGGAGAAUGGGAAAGAAUUAAUUCAGAAGAUCUCGUACGCGGUGAUAUUAUCCAUGUAAGAGGUGGUGAUCGUGUAGCUGCUGAUAUUCGAAUUGUCCAUUCACCUGGUCUACUGGUUGAUAAUUCUAUCAUAACAAAAGAUGCUGAUCCUGCUCCAAAAUCAGCUGAUUUUACAAGUGACAAUGCAUUAGAAACGAAUAAUUUACUUUUAUGUGGUACAAGUGUUACACAUGGAUCGGCUAUUGGUAUUGUUGUUAAAACAGCUCAACAUACACUAUUGGGAAAAGUGUGUAAUACUACCGAAAGUCUUGAUCCUAAACGAACAAUUUAUGCUCGUACAAUUCGAGAUAUUUUUCUUGCAUUAACCGUAUUUGGAUUAGCAUUAGGCUUAGUAUUUUUUAUUGUUCUCUAUGCAACUGGUUAUUAUUGGUUGUAUGCCAUUCAGAUUAUGAUAUCUGUUUAUCUUGCCUGUAUACCAGAAAUAUUACCAGCUAUUGCUCAAUUAUGUUUAACACGAACAGCUCAGCAUAUGGCAACAAGAAAUUGUUUAGUAAAAGUUAUUGAUGCCUUGUAUGAUUUGGCAUGUACAACGAUAUUAUUUGUUGACAAAUCGGUGUUAACCACAAAUAAAAUGUCAACGACUCAAAUUUGGAUACCAUCGAAUCAAGAACGAAUUAUUUCAGCAGCACCCACAGAUGAUCCAACUGUUAUUGAAGAAUUUCGUUUAAUGCCUGGCUGGCAAAAUAUAAUGCGUGCAGCAGUAUUAUGUAGUAGAGCAGAAUAUUUUGCUGAUCAAAAUAAUUAUAAUCGACUAGCACCCUUUGGAGAAUGGGACGGUGAUGCAAGAGAAAUAGCCAUAUUGAAAUAUGCUGAGUAUGCAGAACUCGAUAUUUCAGAAAUUCGACGAUUAUAUCCAAGACAGAGAAUAGCACAUUUUACACCAGAAACGAAAAGAAUUGAAUCAUAUCAUUUUAUUAAUGAAACAAAUCCAGUAGUACAUCUUGACUGUAUGAUGGGUGCGCCCGAACGUGUAUUUGGUCGUUGUGCGGCAGUUUUUUUCAAUGAUGAUGAAGUAGUAAAAGAUGCAAAUAUGGAACGAUUAUUCAAUGAGGCCUGUAUACAGAUGGGUUCACUUGGAGACACUGUUCUUGGUUUUGCCGAUAGACAAUAUGAUCGCGGAGAAGAAAAUCAAGAAAUCUGGCGUUUUCUUGGUUUAAUAUCAUUCAGUGAUCCAAUACAAGACAAUGCUAUAACAGCUAUUAAAAAAUGUCGUUUAGCCGGAGUUAAGGUAAUACUGAUCACUGGUGACCAUCCGGUAACAGCAUGUGCACUAGCUAAACGAUUAAAAAUAUUCUCACCAGAUUCUGAAACUGUUGAAGAUAUUGCCAUGAGGCGUGGUGUUCCUCUUGAUCGUGUAGCAGCGCGAGAAGCUGAUGCUAUAAUUAUUCAUGGCCGUGAUAUUCAAGCCAUAUCACAACUAGAAUUAGCUGAUACAAUAAUCAAUGCACCAGAAGUGGCAUUUGCUCGUACAACAUUGCGUCAAAAACAAAAAAUAGUCGAAUGUGCUCAACUCGGUAAAGCUGUUGUAACAUGUUUUUGUCAAUCAGCUGAUGAUCGUGGAGCAAUUAAAAAAGCUGAUGUUAGUGUAGCUAUGUUGAAAGGUAGCAGUGAAUCAAGUCGACAAGAAGCUGAUCUUGUUUUAUUAGAUAAUGACUUAAAUACACUAGUGGGUGCUAUUGAGGAAGGACGAUAUUUAUGGGAAAACAUUAAAAAAUGUCUUGCCUAUUGUUUGAUACCGUUGACACUUGGUCCAAUAACAUUACUGAUUAUUGAUUUAAUAACGGAACUUUUACCAACAAUAAGUUUGGCAUAUGAAAAACCAGAAUCGGAUCUAAUGACAAGAGGACCAAUAGAUAAAUUUCGAGAUUUAUUGAUUAAUCGACGUUUAUUAUCAUUGGUUUGGGGACAAAUUGGAAUGUUACAAGUGACAGCUGGAUUUUUUACCUAUCUUGUUGUUAUGGCCGAAAAUGGAUUUUGGCCAUCCAGAUUACUUGGUAUUCGUAAAGCAUGGGAUGCAGCCGCCAUAAAUGAUUUGGAAGAUUCUUAUGGACAGGAAUGGACUUAUCGUCAGCGUAAAUUAUUGGAAUAUGUUGGUUAUGCAUCAUUUCUUGCCGCAAUUAUUAUUGUUCAAAUAGCUAAUUUACUAAUAUGCAAAACUAGACGAUUGUCAUUAUUUCAACAAGGCAUUCGAUCAAAUCUGUUUGUUAUUUUCUGUAUAAUUUUCAUGCCAGCAGUUGCCGUUGUAUUAAUCUAUAUUCCUGGCCUUAAUCGUGCACUCUUUUUGGAACGAUUACAACCUUUAUGGUGGCUACCUCCUAUUCCAUUUGCUAUUAUGAUAUUUAUUUAUGAUGAAAUACGUAAAUUAAUGAUUCGAAAAAGUCCUGAAGGUUGGGUAGCACAAGAAACAUAUCACUAA